CCGAGGCCCAGGCCGCGACCGGAAGUGGCGUGCGCUCGGCCUUUCCGAGGCCCAGGCUGGCGGGCGUCGGGGACUGAGCGGCGCUGUCCGCUCUGAGGGUUGGCGGCCAACCGCUCCUUCGCUGUCCCCGCCGCCGCCGUCUACACUCGGUGUUCUAGAGAGCCAGAGAAGAUGGUGGGCCGGAACAGCGCCAUCGCCGCCGGUGUAUGCGGGGCCCUUUUCAUCGGGUAUUGCAUUUACUUCGACCGCAAGAGACGGAGUGACCCCAACUUCAAGAACAGGCUUCGAGAACGAAGAAAGAAACAGAAGCUUGCCAAGGAGAGAGCUGGACUUUCCAAGUUACCAGAUCUUAAAGAUGCCGAAGCUGUUCAGAAAUUCUUCCUUGAAGAAAUACAGCUUGGUGAAGAGUUACUAGCUCAAGGUGAAUACGAGAAGGGUGUGGACCAUCUUACAAAUGCCAUUGCUGUGUGUGGACAGCCGCAGCAGUUACUGCAGGUGUUACAGCAAACGCUUCCACCACCAGUGUUCCAGAUGCUUCUGACUAAGCUCCCGACAAUUAGUCAGAGAAUUGUAAGCGCUCAGAGCUUGGCUGAAGAUGAUGUGGAAUGAGAAACAAAUGUCAAUGUAAUAAAAUCUCAGUUAAAAAUACUUUAAAAAUUCUUAACUCGGAAGUUGAGCAGCUCUGGGGGAAUAAGGGCAAAUAUGCUUGUUAUGGACUAUCCCACACUGAAAUCUACCAAAGUUCAUGUUUACUUUGUGUAGAUCCAUUUGUCUGUUUUAUUUAUUUUUCCCAGUGAAAAGUGUAUUUUCAUAGAGAGCUUUUCAUUUUAUGAAUACACUACGAGUUAC